GGGAAUCAUUACAGUAUUUCAAAUAUUUCAGUUUUUAGUUAAUCUAAUAUUUAUAAACCAAAACAUUCUUUUAAUUAAUUAAAUUCAAUUAAAUUCAAGUUUAUUGUCAUAUGCACAUUAAGGACACAUGCUUCCCUGUACAAGGAAAUUCUUCUUUUUCUGUCCACAGAAUGCCAGACAAUGUAAAAUCUACAAUAUAUACUACAAAUAUACAAAAUAAAACAAUUCUAUGUAAUCUAAAAUAUAUACUACAAAUAUAAAUUGCUGUUCUGGUACGCUCUCAUUGUGUGUAUGACAAACUCUUUUCUUUUUUUCAUUGUCAGUAGCCAUAUAGUCUGUAUAGGAAGUAGAGGUGAAUCCCACUUUGUCUCCACCUCGUGGCCAUAUGUCGUCACUGCGUCUCUUGUCGAAUGUAAAAAAUAGUAUUAUAUUUUAUCACAGCUUAGCAUCAGUUUUUAGAAAACGCCAUCGAUAAACAGGUAUAUUUAUAAAUAAAUAAAUAAAUAUAUAGAUAUGAAGUUAAGAACAAACUAUCUUUUAAUCAUUGUAGUCCCUUCACCGGGAAUUAGUUGUUGGUUUCUAUAGCAACAGCAUGGGCGUUUGUGUGUUGACGAAGGGAGUGUGGUGAGAAAAGGAGAGAGCUCCUACAGGUUGCAGAUGGAGGCCUCCUCACGAGGCAAAGCGGGCAGCGGCCUGUGGAACAGCCCCCGGGCCGCCGCGUACAGCAAGGAGACCCAGGACAUGCUGAGAUUAAUGAUGCAGGAGUCAAGGCUCAACAACUUCCAGAGAAAACAGAUCAAUGAAUGUCUGAAGAAUGGAGCGUCACUUCCGCUGACCCCUGACCCCACAUCGUUACCUUCUCCCGCUCCGCCCCAAAGCAGUAAAUCUGUCCGCAGACGCCUGCCAGGCAAGCCUCAGAGACGCAGCGCCGACGCCUGUCGUUCUGGGGACAGCUACACCAGAGAGAAGUUCUGUCCUGCUCCUACAAGAGACUUGGAGAAAGAGAAGAGGCGGCUUCAGAACCUAAUGGCGACAGGACAAGAAGAGCCGCCAGCUGCAUCAUCCCAUAGUGUUCCUGCAUGUUGGAGUCCACAAGAGACGGAGGAGAGGGACCAGUUUCAGGAAGUUCUGGACGAGAUAGAGGACAGAAGACAAUUUCUGGCAGACAUGGCCUCUCUGGGUCAGGAGAGGCAGUACAUCCAUAUCAUCAACUCUGAAAUAUCCCAGAAAAUCAGAGAGCUGGAGAUACUGGAGAAGGCUCGCGAUGGCGGCCAGGGGGAAGGAGGAGAAUACAAAGCGGUCGACAGAAAACAUACACCCGAUGGAGACAACAAAAGAGAAGACUGACAUCUGACUCAACAGUUAUCAGGCUACAAUAUUACAAUACCAGUCAACACAAACUUCUUCCAACUAAUUCAGAUUAUGAAUGGGUUGGCGCGCAAUAUCAGUCCUGCAGUAAACCACUGUGAGGUCACAGCUGACCCGUUGCAGUGUGUUCACACUGUAUCAGCAGCUGAGACGUGGCUCAGCCGAAACCUGAAGGAUUAAAUUCAGAAAAUAAAAAACCAAACGUCA